AUGGCUGCCGCAACUGUUUUCCGUCCAUUUCCUCCUCGCCAGGAUAGCCUGUCAGCCUCGUCCCAGUUUGAAGCCCACCAGCACAGUUCCUUCCCUCUGCAGCCAGAAAGACCCAGAGCUGUUCGGAGUCACUACCGGCCUCACUCAACCCUCUACCUAGAUGAAAGGCCUGUUUCUCACUACCAGCAGCAGCAGAGAAGCAGUGUCCUCGUCAAAGCACGCCGCCAAUCGACACUUGAACGUUCCGCUUCCGUUAGCAUUGCCAUGGGGCUCGGCGUCAUGAAGAGGAGCGCAGACAAGGACAGGGCGAAAGAACUCACAAAACUACGAAUUCGAAAGCUGUCUGAGCACAGCGGUACGCCGCCGUUGUCGCCACUAACGCCUUCACCCACGGCCGAGUCAACAAAGAGAGUGUCUCGGCCAAGGACCGCGGGUGGAGAGACAACAUCGUCGGAGCGAUCGAGCUCAAGCGGAACGGCGGCGCUUCACAAAGUAAAAGCGCAGCGAUCGAUGGCCUCGCUCUUCUCAGCAGCCGCCGAUGUUUCGCCCAGUAUGGCCUCGUCCGACUCCAUUCCUCGCUCAAAGUCUUCGGCGCCCCCGUCUUCUUUCCGUCCAACCAAGAUGGACGUCGACCGUCUACCGCAAACACCCACCACACCACGCUCAAAGCGUUCGUCCAGGGUCGAAUUCGACGACCAUCAAAAGGGAAAGCUCAAGAAGGACACCACAUUCAUGGACAACAAUGUUUGGCUAUCCCAGAGUAAUACCAAAGUGCAUCCAUACUUUGGCGAGGCGCCCUAUAUGCAAGCAUACGAUACCCAAUGCCUGGAAAACGACCGGUAUUCUGAGUUACUGCUCCAGCGACUGAGCCCAACUUCACCCAGUUUUCACGACUAUGGCAAGAAACCACCAUUAACCGUCCUCGACUUGGGCUGCGGCCAGGGUCAUUGGGCCCUGCGGGCCGCGUCUCUCUGGCCAAACUCUCGAAUAACCGGUUUCGACAUCAUGGACAUCACCCUACCCACAUUCCAAACGACAGAGAACCUCACUUUUGUCAAAGGAAAUUUCCUAUUCAAACUACCCUUUCCCGCCAAAUCAUUCGAAUACGUCAGGAUGUCAAAUUUGUCGCUGUGCAUUCCCUUUAACAGAUGGAUGCCGCUGUUGGCGGAAAUCCGCCGAGUCUUGACCAAUGGAGGAAGAUUGGAACUCAUUGACGACCAGAUCCUCUUUCCCUACGGCGAGGAGCCCAAGGAGCCAUCAAAAGUCGAGUCACCCAACAAGAAUUCCUUCUUCCAUUGGGACGAAGGGUGCGACAGCGGCGACGACGACACACUCGAAGAAACUACAUCGACAUCCACAGCAUCGACCUUGGUCAGCGAGUUUGAUUUCGACAAACUACCCUCCUCCAAACGCAGUUCUACCCAAAGCAAUCCCGCUGUUACGGUCGUUGGUCUCGAGCCACCGACACCAGCAUACAAUCGAGACAAGCCCCUCCCAAUACCAACUGAAACCCUAUCAACGCAAGCAGAGGACUACUUUUCCUUCAUCUCACCUUCCCCUACUAUCACUCAAGACAACAUCGAUGCUCUCAAUGGCACCUUGGCCGCUUCAGCAACCUUCACACAAGAACCAAUUUCCGACCGAAAGGGACAUCGCAAGACAGGUUCGACCUCGAGCACCAAGUCCAACUCGGAGGCCGUCACCGCCUGGAAACACAAGAAGGAACUCUCACUCGACAUGGAGAAGAUUUUCGAGUACCUGGUGAUCAACAAAUGCGGCAUUCAUCCACGCCCAGCAGAGUUCGUUCAGGACUAUCUGCGACGGACAUUCGGCAAGGGCAAUGCUGGCAAGAUUAGGAGUUUCCACAUCAAAUUGGCGCCAUUCGAUUCUCCGAUAGGCCCAGGUGGGGCUUUGGCACCCCAGCUUCCGACCGUUGAACCUCCGAUGCGUGUGGACAAGCACCUUCGACCACGAGCAAGCUCCGACCAGCUCAAGAGACACUGGAGGCAAAUAUCAGACAAGAAGGAGAAAAAAGAGAAGGAGCGGAAAGAGAAGAAGCAGGAGAAACAGCAGGCUAGACAGAGAACUGUCUCCAAAACAAGCUUCGAUGACUCGUUCCAGAUGCCUCUCGUCACUGCAAAGGCUGCGAGUCGGCUGGGACUGACACCCAACGUGCCGUCUUUGCCGCCUUCCAAUCGCGUCUCUGUUGCCUACUCAACAAGCAGCGACAGUAGCAGCGGCGAGAGUUAUUCGGGCUCGUAUCUGUCUAGUGUCAUGCCUUCUGUAUCCGACAAGGCUGCAGACCGUCUGGGCAUCCCUUCAAUUCCUCCUCCUGUCCCGCCCAAGCCCAUUUCGAGUAGCCGAAGCACCGAUAUGGAAAGUGCUCGACCUUCACCGAGCCGUGGACUUACCGUUCCAGCCGUGCCGGUGAAGGCUGCAAGCCGCCUUGGUAUCCCUGUGAGGCCUAUGUCCCGCUCUAUCUCUGCAGGGAGCAGCGAUCACGGCUAUGGCAUAUCCCUUUCGUCUAUUGCCUCGUCAACCAGUUUGGGUCACACCGACAAUCCCAGCCGAUCCAACACUUCUUUGAAGGCCUCUCCAUCCCCAAUGUCCCGAACUGCCUCUUCCGAAAGCUCGAGCUUGAGCUUGAGCGACCCAUCUUCUCCCGACGCCCCCGCCCCCGGUCCUCCUUCCAUCAGCGCCAAAGCUGCUGGUCGCCUGGGUAUCUCCUACUCUGUCCUUGCUGCAGCUUCCGCAGUCCAUAGUCGAAGCAGUGGUGUGAUGGCGCCGGUCCAAUCCCCAGGCCUCCUCGUCUGGCCUUCGACGUACAUUCCCAUGACCCCCACAGAGCUUGAGAUGCAUUCAUGCAAAUUUGUGCAGACGCUUCUCGGUUGUCGACAUGCGCUUAGGGAACACAUUACUGGCGAAUUUGGUGGUGUCAAAUUGGCAACUGAUGAUGAUUUUGAAGAGGCACUUUGGGAAUAUGAGUGUUUCCGCAGAUCUCGGUUCCAUUGGCCCAACGACAAUCCUGAACUAUUUGCCGACCAAGGGUUCCCGGAACCUCCAUCCCCUGUCGCACAGAGCCUCCCUCGAGGAGUGACCCGCCAGUCAUCUGGAGGUAAAUCUGGACAUUCAAGGACCGACAGCCUGGAUUCCUUCAAUGGGCAGUAUCGACGAGAAGAGCUCACGCAUAUCCGAACCAUUCGGGUGUUUGAGGCCGUGAAAACAGUGGACGAAAAGACCUUUAUGAACAUGCUUUUCUCGGGCCAGUCUUCUCCAAGGAAGGCCUCGCGAUGA